AAAUAUUGUUGUUGUCGGGGUCAUCGUGGUCAUCGUGGUGGAGAAGAGAGAGAGAUGUGAAUUGAAUGGAGUCGUUACAGUGGGUGGCUCUCCAUUACCCCAUUCGCCACGCCCUUUCCAAACGCACCGUUUCCCUUCCACCAGCUCACUUGCUCUCCGUUAUGCUCCGUCGCCGGAGAGGGAGCGGCGGCGAGGUGCGGUGGUGGGGUACGAGGGCGUGCGCGGUGGAGGUGCCGGAGGGAGGGAAGAUGGUGAUGGAGUUGGUGGGAGCGUUCAACGAGUUGACGGAGAGAAUGAACGUGUUGUCGACUAGCUCCUCUCGUCUUCUGUUCAAGUGCCUCAAACUCUCCAUCCCCAUCCUUCAAGCUUCCCCUCUCUCUCCCGACGGCCGCUCCCCUCUCUCCAAGGCCCUGUCCGUCGCCAUGCUCCUCGCCGAUCUCCAAAUGGAUGCUGAAGUUAUCUCUGCCGGGAUAUUGAGAGAGGUGUUGGAAGCAGGCCAGUUGAGCAUACACGAAAUCCGGAAUCAGAUUGGUUUGGCCACUGCUCUUUUGCUUCACGAGAGUUUGCGUGUGAACAAUAUUCCAUCCAGAAUAGAUGUGGUGGAUGAUGACAAUGCUGCUGCAUUGAGAAAGUUCUGCCUCACUUACUAUGACAUCAGGGCUUUGAUCCUGGACCUGGCUUUGAAGCUUGACACGAUGAGACACCUUGAUUAUCUGCUCAGAUAUCAGCAGCAGAUAAUUUCUUUGCAGGUUAUGAAGAUAUAUGCCCCUCUUGCUCAUGCAGUGGGAACUACCAACUUGUCACUGGAAUUGGAAGAUCUCUCGUUUCAGUAUUUGUUUCCUUAUUCAUAUCUUUAUGUUGAUGCGUGGUUGCGAAGUCAUGAGACUGGGGGUGUAUCUCUUAUUGACAUCUACAAGGAGGAACUUCUCCAGACUCUGAAGGCUGAUCCCUUGCUCUCAGAACUUUUGGAUGAUAUAUCGGUUGAAGGUCGAUAUAAGAGUCGUUAUAGCACCAUGAAGAAGCUGCUGAGGGAUGGUAGGAAGCCAGAAGAUGUGAAUGAUGUGCUUGGGAUGCGAGUGAUAUUGAAUCCUAAGGGUGGAGAGAAUGCGUCAGAGGCUGGAGAGAGAGCAUGCUAUAGGUCUCAUCAGAUAAUCCAAUCUAUGUGGAAGGAAAUUCCUUAUCGGACAAAGGACUAUAUUGCCAGGCCAAAAGCAAAUGGGUAUAAAAGUUUGCAUAUGGCAGUUGAUGUGAGUGAAAAUGGUAAGAUCAGACCGUUGAUGGAAAUACAGAUAAGAACAACUGAAAUGGACAGGUUAGCAGUUGGUGGAACAGCAGCCCAUUCGUUAUAUAAGGCUGGUCUUACCGAUCCUGAGGAGGCGAAGCGUCUGAAGACCAUCAUGCUGGCUGCGGCUGAAUUGGCUGCUCUGCGCCUUAAAGAUUUUCCAGGUACAAAUCAUAAGGGGACUGAGACUGAUCAGAGGGAUAGAGUUUUUCGCCUUCUUGACAAGAAUGGAGAUGGUAAAAUUAGCAUUGAGGAGCUUACAGAAGUAAUGGAAGAGCUCGGGGCUCCAGGAGAAGAUGCCCGAGAAAUGAUGCAGCUCCUUGACUCAAACAGUGAUGGCUCCCUCAGCUGUGACGAAUUUCAUAUGUUCCAAGAACAGGUUGAGUUGGUGCGUAAUCUAGAAGCCCGAGAUGAUCAAUACAAGAAAAUAUUGGAUGUGAAGCUUCGUAUGUCAGAUGAGAGUGGUUUAAUUCAGGUUUAUAAUAAGGAGUUUGGCAACAGGCUUGUGAGCUAGUGCUGCUGCUGCAUUUAUUUGA